AUGGUUGAGAAAAGAAAGUUGGCCUCCGGGCUCACAACCAUACAGAAGACCUUCGUCAGAUCCAGAAACGGAGGAUGCAUGAAAAUUGUCCGCGAGCACUAUCUCCGAUCAGAUAUACCCUGCUAUUCGCAAGCUUGUAAUCAUUGCAUCACCAAUUUGAAGCCAGACGCACAAGGAAAUUUGCCCCUGCUUGUUUUGCUGGACCUGCCUUUGAAGUUGAAGAACGGCGGACAACACUAUGUAGUUGUAGACACCAACGUGGUGUUGCAGGCGAUCGAUUUGCUCGAGAACACCGAAUGCUUCUAUGACGUAGUUGUGCCACAGAUUGUGCUCGAGGAAGUGAAGAACCGGUCGUUUCCGAUCUACCAACGUCUUCGUGCGCUAGUCAAAGCGGCAGACAAACGGUUUGUGGUGUUCCACAACGAGUUUCACGAGGAGACAUAUAUUACUAGAGAGAAGGAUGAAAGCAUUAAUGAUAGAAACGACCGUGCCGUGAACAGGUGCGCGCAAUGGUACAACGAGCAUCUUGCCAAGUACAGCAGCACGAAGAACCCCAUAAAGGUCAUUCUCGUGUGUAAUGACCGCAACAACCGUAAAAGAGCCAUCGCCGAAGGCAUUGACGCUCGCUCGCUCGAAGACUACAUCGAGAGCUUGCCCAAUGGCGACAUGUUGCGUGAUUUGAUUCCUACAGAGAAUGAAUCUUUCGAAAAAAAUGCUGCGGAAAUCGCAUACCCAGAAUACUACUCGACCUCCAGAACAAUGGCUGGUAUCAAGAACGGUACUCUUUACCAGGGUGUUUUCAACACCUCCACAUACAACAUUUUAGAAGGUUCUGUCCUGACUCCUGCCUUCAAGAAACCGCUCCUCAUCGUAGGCACCAAAAACCUCAAUAGAGCAUUCAAUGGUGAUUUGGUUAUCGUGGAAUUGCUUCCUAAAGACAAGUGGAGAGAGCCUUCAACCACCAUUUUGGAGGAGAGCAGCAUAGGAGCCAACGAUAACGCUGAUGACAAUUCACAAGAGGACCUCGUCUCCGACAAGGAACGCCGUAUGUUGGCGCUGGAAGCUGUUAAAGCUACCAUUCAUCAAGGAGAAAAGAAGCUACAACCCACUGCUAGGGUCGUCAGCAUCACCAGAAGAUCUUGGAGAUUUUAUGUUGGUCAAAUCGCUUCAUCCUCCGUCGACAACGAGACUAGUAACGCUUCGCAGACCUGUUUCGUCAUUCUCAUGGAUAAAGUUUUACCAAAGAUCCGCAUUAAGACUAGAAAAGCCAAAGAGCUUUUAGGACAGAGAAUCGUUGUUUCUGUCGAUGCAUGGCCAUCUAACUCAAAAUACCCACAGGGUCAUUUUGUUAGAAGUCUAGGUGCAAUCGAAACUGAGGGAGCAGAGCGUGAGGCUUUAUUGAUUGAGCAUGAUGUUGAAUAUAGACCUUUCUCUAAGGCUGUCUUGGACUGUUUGCCAAAGGAGGGUGAGAAUUGGAAAGUGCCUGAGAACUUGGAUAAUGGUGACGAGCAGUUGAAGAAAAGAGUGGACUUGCGUGACAAGCUCGUCUGUUCGAUUGAUCCACCAAACUGUCAGGAUAUUGAUGACGCUUUGCAUGCAAAGCCAUUGCCUAAUGGCCACUACGAGGUCGGUGUUCACAUUGCUGAUGUGACCCAUUUCGUCAAGCCAAAUACCGCGUUGGAUAGCGAGGGUGCUUCUAGAGGUACUUCGGUUUAUUUGGUCGACAAGAGAAUUGACAUGUUGCCAAUGUUGCUUGGUACAAAUUUGUGUUCUUUGAAUCCAUAUGUUGAGAGAUUUGCAUUUUCCGUGAUCUGGGAACUUGAUGAGAAUGCAGAAAUUGUUGAUGUCAAAUUCAUGAAGUCGAUUAUUAAAUCCAGAGAAGCAUUCUCGUAUGAACAGGCGCAACUCAGAAUUGAGGAUGGCAGUCAGAACGACGAACUUACACAAUCUAUUAGAAUCUUAUUGAAGCUCUCCAAGAAAUUGAAGCAAAAGAGAAUGGAUGCUGGUGCUUUGAACUUGUCAUCUCCUGAAGUCAAAGUGCACAUGGACAGUGAGACCUCCGAUCCUGGUGAAGUGGAAGUCAAAAAAUUGCUCGAGACCAAUUCUUUGGUUGAGGAAUUCAUGUUGCUAGCAAACAUCUCCGUCGCUAGAAAGAUUUACGACGCAUACCCACAAACCGCCAUGUUGAGAAGACAUGCAGCCCCUCCAAGCACCAACUUCGAAGCUCUCAAUGAAAUUCUUCGUGUGAGAAAGCCAGGUAUGUCGAUCUCUAUUGAAUCUUCGAAAGCUUUGGCCGACUCGCUCGACAGGUGUGUGGACCCUAACGAUGAAUACUUUAACACCCUCAUACGUAUCAUGUCUACGAGAUGUAUGAUGGCCGCCGAGUAUUUCUCUUCCAGUUCUUACGGAUACCCUGACUUCAGACAUUAUGGUCUUGCAGUUGACAUCUAUACCCAUUUCACUUCUCCGAUCAGAAGAUACUGUGAUGUGGUGGCACACAGACAGCUUGCAGGAGCUAUUGGGUAUGAAAUGCUUGAUUCUCAGCACAGAGACAAGCACAAGAUGGAGCUCAUUGUGAGAAAUAUCAACAAGAGACACAGAAACGCACAAUUUGCUGGCAGAGCCAGUAUUGAGUACUACGUUGGACAGGUAAUGAAGAACAAUGAAUCCACACAGGAAGGUUACGUGAUGAAGUCAUUCAACAAUGGUAUUGUUGUACUUGUGCCCAAGUUCGGAGUAGAAGGCAUGAUCAAGCUAGAGAUGUUGGGAGAUGCGAACAGCGCAGCUUACGACGAGGAGAAGUAUGAGUUGUCUUUCACUGACUUCAAGGGUGUCAGCCGCACUGUCGGUAUUUUCGACAAGGUGCAAGUCGCAGUGAAGUCGGUUCAAGAUGAGGUCAGCGGCAAGAGAAAGGUGCAAUUGGUUCUUGUGUAA